CUAGAGCUCUCGCGUUCUCAAUUUAAAAUUAUACAUUUUUUAAAUUGUCUAUUCCAAAUUCUUUUUUUUUUUUUUUCAAAAUGUUUCGGAUACUGAGAUGUUCGUUGAUUUUUUUGAUAGCGGUCAGCAUGGUCAAUUUUAGGGUAUUCACGAGAGCCAUGUCGACGGUGUCCAAGUCGUUCAGCGCCCACGGCGUCGUCUCCGAUGUCAUCCCGGUGGCUCCAGGGGCUCUUGCUGUCGUGAAAUACCCCAGCGGAGCGGUCGUAAGCGAAGGCAAUGUGCUCACUCCCACUCAGGUUAAGGACAUCCCGCAAAUCAGCUGGAACGCCAGCCCGGACAAAUACUACACCGUCGCCAUGACUGACCCUGACGCGCCAUCCCGCGUGGAGCCCAAGUUCCGCGAAUGGCACCACUGGCUGGUCGGCAACGUGCCCGGCAAUAAUGUUGCUGCCGGCGAGACGCUGUCCGCGUACGUGGGCUCCGGGCCCCCGCAGGGCACCGGCCUUCACCGCUACGUGUUCCUGGUGUACCAGCAGCCCGGCAAGCUCAACUUCGACGAACCCAGACUACCUAACACAUCCGGUGACAACCGCGGAGGAUUCUCCAUCCAGAAGUUCGCGACCAAGUACGGGCUAGGCGCCCCCGUAGCCGGCAACUUUUACCAGGCCGAGUGGGACUCCUACGUGCCCAUCCUGUACAAGCAGCUGGGCGCCUAAGGAGGAGGCUUGGAUCUUAACAACUCUAACUUAACACAUUCGCGGACGGGCUUAGUGACGUCACGUGUGUCAAAAGAAACAAAAAACUACGCGAAUGUGUAAACAUGGUUAACACGUUUUUGGGUGGUGGAAUGUAUUGAAAGUAAUCUAAUCUUAAAAAAUGUUUCGUUGGUUUGAAUUUUGAGCACUACAGACGCAUUUGGAUGUCUGUAGUUCUGAAUUUCGAUUUGGAUAACUGAAUUUGUUUAUGAUAGACAUUCAAUGCCGGAUUUCAGUCUUCAGUGGCCAUUAAAUAAACUUAAAUCAUAAAUUUGAUUCUUGGAUUUUACGUGCGCCUAUGGGCAUUUUCUUUUAACUUAUACUUUAAUGGGCGUCUUAAGUUGACGUCUAUCUGUCACUUUCCUGACAAAUUGUUUGACAUUGACCGUCAGUUUAGUGACGAUUGCUAACCGGCCGUUAACCUUCUCGACGCAGUGUCAAACACAAAAGCUGUCACUCGGACGCCACGCCGCCGAAAUGUCUAAACCAUGUUUAAACCGAAAUUGUACUUUAUGCGAAUGUACGUAGGUCUAUGUUGCUCUGUGGACUUUGACGGAUUAAUUGGUCUUUGGCGUUGGACCUACUCUGCCGAUAUAUCCGUCAUUGGCGUCCAAAAGGUUAAUGGCACACAGUUGAGUUGAAACGCCCUAUGAUGCUGAAUUAACCGAGCGAAGCGAGUUGGGCUGUUUUAAACAAGUAUGUUUGAUUAUAAAAACAUGUUGGCAGCUCCAUAUUUUAAAGACGAUUUUGCAAAUAAUUAAACAUAAUUACAAUUACCAACCACAAACGUGUUAUUAGCGAGACUUAAGGCAUAUAGAACUUAAGGGCAAUUUUUAUUAGUUACUGCAUUCUUAAGAUUAAAAACAAUAAUUAGUGUUUAACGUUGAUUUAAUUCAGAGCUUCCAAGUCUAUAGGGUGGCCAAAAAAUAAGUGGAUUCCCGUUGCCAGGGAGAUGGAACAUGGAACAACCAAAACGUAUGAAACAGCCAAAUUUUUUUUCGCGAUUUCGGGGACCAACCCCGAAUACCCCAUAGUAAAAGUUGCUCAGUAUAAUCCCAAAACCUUCCUAGCAACAGGAAUGCACUUAUUUUUUGCCAGCCUGUAUUAACUAAAAUUGUAAAUCAUUGGCAAAAUAAUAACUUAAAGUUAAACUAGAAUCGGCUGGAACGAAUUCUGCAAGUUUUUGUUAAGAUCCAAAAUAGUUUUUAAGCGUUCUCAGACAUUUAUUUGCGCAUUUAUUUCCUUACAUGACACUUGUAAGUGGAGUGGAGCUACUUUUAAAACAUUCAAUUCAUUCAAUGUUAGUUUUGUCAUUGUGGCAUCAUCACAUCACUGUGGAGUGGAUGUGUAAAUGCAUGUUGGUUUAUCCUAGAUACAAGAGUUUUGUGAUCACACGUAUGCAUACUCCUGUUCUGGGGUAAUGGCAAUAAAUAAUUAACACUGAA